GCGCUGUGAACGCUGUCUGGGAGGUCACCACCUCGUGGGGGCUUCUGGGAUUGCAAUGGCGAACCGGACGGUGAAAGAUGCGCACAGCAUCCAUGGAACCAAUCCGCAAUAUCUGAUUGAAAAAAUAAUUCGCACUCGCAUCUACGAGUCCAAGUAUUGGAAGGAAGAAUGUUUCGGGCUUACAGCGGAAUUGGUUGUGGACAAAGCGAUGGAGCUGAAAUAUAUUGGCGGGGUUUAUGGUGGGAAUAUUAAGCCUUCCCCGUUCCUUUGCCUGACUCUCAAGAUGCUCCAGAUUCAGCCUGAAAAAGAUAUAAUUGUUGAAUUUAUAAAGAAUGAAGAUUUCAAAUAUGUCAGAUUGCUGGGUGCACUGUAUAUGCGGCUAACAGGCUCUGCUAUUGAUUGUUAUAAAUACCUGGAACCACUUUAUAAUGACUAUCGGAAGGUGAAGAGACAAAAAAGGGAUGGAGAGUUUGAACUAAUUCACGUUGAUGAAUUUAUGGACGAGUUACUCCACGAAGAGCGAGUUUGUGAUAUCAUUUUGCCCAGGCUUCAGAAACGUUAUGUGUUGGAAGAAGCAGAGAUGCUGGAUACACGAGUCAGUGCACUGGAGGAAGAUAUGGAUGAUGUAGACACAAGUGAAGAUGAGGAUGAGGAUGACAAGGGUGACAGAAUGCCAACACCAGAGCCUCCACGAAGAGGUUACCGAGAUCUUGACAGGCCUCGCAGGUCUCCCUCUCCACGGUACAGGAGAAGCCGAAGCAAAACACCAAGACGGCGCAGUAGGUCUCCCAAAAGAAGAAGCCCAUCACCACGUCGUGAAAGGCAUCGCAGCAAAAGUCCCAGACGUCAUCGCAGUCGAUCCAGAGAUCGGCGUCACAGAUCAAGAUCCAAGUCUCCAGGUCAUCACAGAAGCCACAGACACAGAAGUCAUUCCAAAACACCUGAAAGAUCAAAGAAGAGUCACAAGAAGAGUCGCCGAGGAAAUGAAUGAAGGUUCCACAAAAUCACAAAUCUGCACUUCAAGUGCAUCUCAAGACUUGUUUGUAGAUAAAACUGCUAUGUUAACAAUUUUUUGUCUUUGGUGUUAAUAUGUUAUUUGCAAAAAUUCCAUUUGACCUAAUAGUGCUAUGGUGAAACUUUUCUAACAUUUUUGGAAGAGGCAGAAUAUUCACAAUUUGGAUUUUUGUGAAUAGUAAAAAUGUUGAGUACUUUUUAAAGUGUCUUUAAUGAUUUUUAUUACUGUUAACUUUGAUAAAAUCUUUUGGUUGUGAAAUGAGCAAAUUCAUUUUUUUUAAGCUGAUGCUUGGAAACUGAGACAAUGAUUAUGCAAAAAUUCACUUAAGACAUGACUGAAUCUUUGAUUGUUCACAGUCAAAGUUCACAGUUUUAAGAAGUAAAAACCAAUACUAUGGAAAACAUUAGUGUCAUAAUUAUAUUGUACAACUAAAGCACAUAAGCAUUUAUGUGUACAAAUUGGCUAGCCACAGGAUGUUUUGUCCUUAUUGGCAAAAUACAAAUUAACAAUUUUAAAAGGAGUCUUUUUGUGUUUAUUAAAACUUUUUACAAAUACACAAAUUAAACUGGAGUAUCAAUAUUAAUUAUGUAUUUAAAUCUCCUGAUGUGAUUUGAAUCUGACUGUUUUCAGACAAAUAGUGAAAAAGUCAGAUAGAAAGAGCUUAGCUGAUCUAGGAAGUUGUAUCAUGUAUUCAGAUUCCAACCCACCAGGAGCUAUGAGACAGGGUAAACAAGUCUAUUUAAAAACCUAGACCAUUCUUGGGGGAAAAAUAACUUCUGAGAAAUUCCUCUCCUAGAGAUAGAGAUUCCCAUCAUGACUUGUACCAACUUUUUAUGGUCAUAUGGUCACAAUGCCUCAAAUGUUUUCAUAUUUUCAAUUCAGUUGUUGACUAAUUUAUACCUGAAAUGCAGAUUCAUUUCUAGUAUUUGCUCUACAUGAUUAUUCAUACAUUAGUGCCUGUCCCUUUAUAAACUGAUUCUCAGUAAAUGCUACAUAUAAAAAUAUUGUAAAACAUAUCAGACUUCAUGAAAAAUUUACCCGCUAUUUAAAUUGUAGGUAAAUUUAACAAAUUGCUAUUUUCCCAUCAAAAAUUGGUAAAAUGAUUUGAGAGAAAACUUCUCGGAAGAAUAGGUUAUGGUAACCAUACAGUAUAACAUCAAUAACUAUUUAGUUUGGCGUUUAGUAGAUCUGACCAUAGAUUUAAACACAAUCCAAGUAUUGGGUGACCUCAACCAAGCCUAUAUUUGUCAGCCUUCAUUCAGUUAUAGCACAUUUGUCUACAUUCAAACAUUUGGAUACUUGAACAUAAUAUAAGCCUGUAGUAAAGAAUGGUUGGAUGUUUAAAAAAAAAUGCAUCUACUUAAAAAGAGAUUUUGUUUUGGUUCUCUGGACAAUGUUGCAUUCAACCAACGUCACUAAAGGAGUAAUUUUUUUCAUUGUGGAUAUCAACUGGUGAUUUUGUUUUGAAAGAUGUACACAAUUGGCAUUUAAUAAUCUCAGUUUAUUAAAAGUUAAGGUUAGAAAAAAAGAGAUGCAUCAUUAGACUCAUGUUACGGUAACAUUAGAAGUCCAUUGAUGAACUAGGCACCAGAGGAUUUAUAAAAACUGGGUGCUGUCAGCAAGAAGAAAAAUAGUAAAUUUAACAAUUGUUCUGAGAUGUGUAUAUUUUAAUAAUUAUAAAUUCAAUAUGAGUUGGUGGCAAAUGUAUACCAACUGUCACUUUGGGUUAUACCUUGAAAAUUUCUUGCUGUGACUGCAGUUUUUGUUACUCGGUCAUUUCAAAUUCUGAGGUAUCUAGCUUUAAUAGAUUUCCCCCAUAUCUUGUUCUUAUUUGAUGAGCUUCAGGCUACAAUGCAUUAUGACUUUGCAAGACUACUGCUGUGUUGGUCAAAAAUGGAGUCCCUGCUGAUUUUGUUUCUCUCUCAAUUUAAACAUUGGAAAAACCAAAGCUCUGAUUUUUAACUCUUGAUACAAACUCUGCAUCCUUGCCAAAGAUUUCAACCACCUUGGCCCAUGUAUUGAGCUGAGAUUGACAGUUCACAACUUUGAUUUUUAUUUUCAAGUUCCCUGACAAAUUGAUUCCAAAACCUUCACCCUUGGAUUUCUUAGUUUCAUAACAUGCCAAUGUUCCCUUGGCUUUUAAAAAAAGAACGAUUUCAUAAAAGCUUUGCUGGCUUACUUAAACAUCACCAAAAAUCCUUGCUAUGUCAAUCCCAAUCCUCACUGACCAUUAGAACAGUUCUUGCUUAACUCCCUUCAAGUUCUCCAUCCUCUCUAUUCAUAAUUUCAUUCAGCCCCAUAACCAUCUAAGAACUCUGACUUCUGGGUCAAACCAUUUUUUGUUUCAUCUGUGUGUUUAUCGUCAGACCCAAUGUUCUAUCAUUUCCUCUCAAAAACUGAACUUCUCCAAUCUACUUCUGCUUUAACAGACGCUACCACAAUGGCUAAGCAUUCAGUAAUCCUAAAUGUAUAUCUCUUGGCUUAGUUACUUUAUAUGGCUCAGAGUGACUCAAAGUACGCAGCUUGUGAUACAUAGUACAUUGUUCUGCCUUUUUGAAUGAUGUUAAGUAAAAUUAUUGCACAAAUAUUGUAAGUAUUGAUCUCACAUUUCAUAGGAUGUUGUACUGCCCACAAUUUGAGGGAUUGUGAAUUCACUAAUUACACAUUUAAUGAAUUUUGUUUUUUUUUAAGUUUUGGAUUUAUAGCUGUCUUCAAAUAGUGUUCUAUUGCAACUACCUGGCAAAAAUAGAGAUUGGCAAAUUAUUUAGUAUUGUAUGGGAGGUCACAUGAUAAUGGUGGUAUUUGGGGUAUGACAGUGCAGAAAUGGGAAAUGGUACAGUGUGUCUGUUUUAUGGAGUGGCGGUAUCGGGGAAGGGUUAAUUGCAAUUCAAAUUUUAAGUAAACAUUUAGUAAUGCAAAUAAAUUGAGCAAAGUUGCAUACUUUUAAUAGGAAUUUUUUAUCAGCAAGUUCUUCAAGCAAUAAUCUCUUCUGAAAAAAAUAUUCCCACAUGGGGGAGAAAGCUGCCACAUUGUUUCGAAUUAUAUUUAACUGCAAACCUUUCGGGUCCACAAGUAACUUGUGAAGUAGUAAUACAAAUAAAAUAAACCUAACGUCCGAACUAUUUUGUGGUACUGAUUGAGAAUAUAGUAGUAAGGAUUUUACCAGAGAUAGGAUGGUUCACAUGGGAAUGAAAAGUAAUUGUACAGGGAACAAUAAAGACUUGUGACAAGGGAGUGAGAUUAUGGCAAGCAAGUCUCGAGAUUAUAAGGUUUUAUAUUUUCCCUCAAGCUACUUCUCAUCCACACAAUCUCACUACUUUGGUCAACAUGAAGACCAUUGUGUGAUUAUUCUAAUGUUCUGUGUGCAUUUUAAAUACGCAGCUGAAUAGCACACACAAAAUGUUGGAGGAACUC